UUUCUUUCCAAGCGAACCAAAGCACUCCUCCGAAAAGCAAUCAGGCUGCAGAGUCGACUCCAAGCUCCUUUUUUUUUUCCAAGCGAACCUUCCCUUUCCCCGCAAAUCCGCCUCUCCACCGCCGCCAUGGCCCAGCGCCUCCUCCUUCUCCUGGCCGUCGCCGCCGCGUCCCUCCUCGCCGCCGACUCGCGGCCGUGCCACACUUUCCACGUCGCCAUCCCGGCCGACCCCAACAACCCCAGCGGUGACGGCGCCGCCCACCACCGCCGCGUCCCCCAAAUCGCCACGGUGAUCACCGUCUUCCGCGUCCGCCGCCUCGGCCCGCACCUCCCCCACUACCACCGCAACCACCACCACCUCCACUCCAUCCCCGCCAACGUCCAGAUCCGCCACCCCGAGCUCCCCCACCUCGCCGCCGCCGAGGCAGCGGGGCCCCAGGAGCGCGCCAGGAACAUCCUCGUGUUCGUCUUUGGUCUCCUCUUCGGCGUCGCCUGCGGCGCUCUCACCGCCGCUUCCGUGUACCUCGUCUGGUCCGUGGUUGCCGGCGCCACCGCGGCCUCCCCCUACGACGAGCUCUACGGUGACGAGGACGACAACGAGGCGUCCGACACUGAGAGCCUCAAGAAGGUCGGCUACGUCAUCAUCCAGGAGCUCGAGGCCCACGACGGCGGUAAGAACUAGGGCUAGGGUUUGGUGGCGCUCCAGGGAGGGCAAGUACGUGCAGUGGAAUGAUCGAUGGCACAUGCCUAUGUGUUGCGUAAUUCUAAUGCCUCUAUGAUGUGUAGCUGAGAAGUACUAGGGAUUUACCCUCCAUGUGAAACGCUGUCGAAGCGCUCGCUUAAGCUGUGAAAUGUUCUUGUUUCUGAUGAACUUAUCGAUCAAUGUUAUGUGUUAUUUGUGAAA